ACUUGCAAUUCUUUUCAAUUGUUGAUUGUAUUUUUCGAACAAUAUGAAGAAAGUAUUUAUUAUUUUGGGACUGAUUGCAAUUGCAAACGCUUCGCUUCCAUUAAGCAAAUUAAUAGAAACUAUUGGAACGAAGUUAAAGUUGGACUCGCAGUGGCAAAAUUUCAAGAACAAGUAUAACAGAAUAUAUAAAAACGAAAUUGAGGAGGGGUGCCGGCACAAACUAUAUCUGGAAAAUUGGAAGCUAAUUGAUGACCAUAAUAAAAACUAUUUUGAAACGGGACAAUCAACAUUCUACCUUAGCGAAGAUGAGUACUCGGAUUUAAGUGAACAAGAAAGAGCAGCUUUUCGUUUAAGUGAUUUUGGGAAGGCUCUUGUUUUGAAAAUAAAUUCGACCGUGAUAUCUAUUAUAGAUGCACUUAAAGGAGAAUCAAAACAUAGAGCGCGAAGAGCAGCCCUCUCUACUUACGGUACACCUCCGGGCAGCUUUGAUUGGAGAAAUAAAGGCGCCGUAACUGCUGUGAAGAACCAAGGUCAAUGUGGCGCGUGCUGGGCAUUUGCAACUGCUGCCACGCUUGAAACAUCGAAUUACCUGCGUACCGGAAAGUUGGAGUCACUUUCUGCAGGAAAUCUGGUCGAUUGCGAACAUAAAGGAAAAUGCACAGGAAAUUCACUUAAACCACCACUUACCUACAUUCAAAGCAAUGGCAUCAUGUAUGAAAAAGAUUAUCCUUAUAAUGGUAAAGGCGGAGAAUGCAAAUUUGAUAAAACCAAAAAAUCCGAUACACAAAUUAAUGGCGUUUGGGAAAUGCCAAAUGGCCAAAUGAUGAAUGAGACAAAUUUUAAAUCAUAUAUAGCAAAUGUAGGAUCAAUGUCUAUUGCCAUUGCAGUUAAUAGCAAAUUCCAAAUGUACGGAGGAGGUAUAUUCGAUGACAGAUCAUGUAACAACGGUGCAUUAAAUCAUGCACUUGUAGUCAUUGGCUAUGGAACUGAAAACGGUCAAGAUUUUUGGAUAUUAAAAAAUUCAUGGGGGACCGGUUGGGGAGAAAGAGGUUAUAUGCGGAUUCGUCGUGGCGUAAAUCUUUGCCACAUGUGCAAUUAUGCUGCUUAUGCAUAUUAAAAAAAAAAGAUGAAUUGAAAAUUCUAUUGAAUUUAUUAUACAUAUAAGUUAUUUGGUGUUUGGGAAAUCUUAAAAUUGUAAAUAUCAAGUAUAACAUUAGCAAUAGCAUUUUAAGAUAAAGUAAACUUUACAACCUCUUGAUCAUCUGUACGCAAUAAUCUA